GAGAGACCUGGCGCCUCUUUCAAACGCCAUCUAACACUCUUCCACGUGCCUUGUGUGUGUGUAUAUAUAUAUACACACCCACACUUCAGUGGAAUAGGUGACAUAGUGAUUACCACUACCCCAGAGAGAGAGAGAGGGAAAGAGGUAUAAAGAUGAAGGGGCCAGUGGUGGUGACUGGAGCUUCUGGUUACAUCGGAACAUGGCUCAUAAUGAGGCUUCUAGAGGAAGGAUACAUCGUCAGAGCCACCGUUAGAGACCCUUCAAAUCAAAAGAAGAACCAGCCUCUACUGGAUCUUCCGGGGGCCAGCGAACGACUCACCAUCUGGAAAGCAGACCUUGAUGAGGAAGGUAGCUUCGAUGAGGCGAUUGAGGGAUGCAGUGGGGUGUUCCAUGUGGCCACUCCUAUGGAUUUCGAGUCCAAAGACCCUGAGAAUGAAGUGAUUAAGCCCACAGUUAAUGGACUAUUGAGCAUAAUGAAGUCUUGCAAGAAAGCUGGGACAGUAAAGCGUGUCAUCUUCACUUCCUCUGCUGGGACUGUGAACGUGCAAGAGCACCUAAAGUCAGAGUAUGAUGAGAGCUCAUGGACCGACAUCGAGUUCUGCCGGCGUGUCAAGAUGACUGGAUGGAUGUACUUUGUAUCCAAAACUCUAGCUGAACAAGCUGCAUGGGAGUUUGCGAGGGAGAAUGGCAUUCACUUUAUCAGCAUCAUUCCAACCCUUGUUGUUGGCCCAUUCAUCAGCUCGUCAAUGCCACCCAGUUUGAUCACUGCAUUAUCACUAAUCACAGGAAAUGAACCUCACUACUCGAUUUUAAAACAAGUCCAAUUUGUUCACUUGGAUGAUCUAUGCAUUGCUCAUAUAUUCCUCUACGAGCACCCAGAAGCAAAUGGAAGAUACAUCUGCUCUUCUCAUGAUGUUACCAUCUAUGAACUUGCAAGAAUGAUGAAAGAGCGAUAUCCUCAGUACAGCAUCCCCCAAAAGUUUGAGGGGAUUGAUGAUGGAAUUGGGCGGGUGUGCUUCUCCUCGAAGAAACUCAUAGACCUUGGCUUCAAGUUCCGGUACUCCAUGGAGGACAUGUUCGAUGCUGCCAUUCAGACAUGCAGGGAGAAGAAGUUGCUGCCACUCCAAACAAAGGAACCGCAGUGUGGCAUUGGCAAUGAGGCUGGAGAACACGUGGCCAUGGAUGCGAAGAGAGUGAAUGGAUUUGAUGAUCCAAAAGUCCUGAGAGCUUAAAUUGAAGAAUAAUAUGGCGCGGUGGUGUGCGACUAAAUUUAUUUUUUCUUUUUUUUUGUAUUUCAGAAGCUUUUUCCAUCUGUGUGCUCCUUUUUUUUUUCUUCUUCUGUACUUCAUAGAACUCUCCAUCUCCAUGUGCUGCUCAAGAUUUCUACUCUGUUGUGCUUCAUUCUUAUUUCAAUAAUCAAUGCAAGUGCUGGUGAACAUUUCUAUCAC